CAAACCAAAAACUAAAAUUUUCCCUUUUUCAUUUCAUUCUUCUCAACCCAAACCAACGUUUUUCUUCAUCGAAUUGGUGCCUUCCGUGGAGCACCGGAUCUCCCUCUUCUCCGCCCAUAACAUUCCAUUUUCUGGCGACUUCGCCGCUUUCCCGAUAUGAAUCCCGAAUAUGACUAUCUGUUCAAGCUCCUCCUAAUUGGAGACUCUGGUGUUGGUAAAUCGUGCCUUCUUCUAAGAUUUGCUGAUGAUUCAUACAUUGAGAGCUACAUAAGCACCAUCGGAGUUGAUUUUAAAAUUCGCACUGUUGAGCAGGAUGGGAAGACAAUUAAACUACAGAUUUGGGAUACUGCAGGACAAGAACGAUUCAGGACAAUAACUAGUAGCUACUAUCGUGGAGCACAUGGAAUCAUUAUUGUUUAUGACGUGACAGAUGAAGAUAGCUUCAAUAAUGUGAAGCAGUGGCUCAGUGAAAUUGACCGCUAUGCCAGUGAUAAUGUUAACAAACUUUUAGUUGGAAACAAGAGUGAUCUGACAGCAAAUAGAGUUGUAUCGUAUGACACAGCUAAAGAGUUCGCUGAUCAAAUUGGAAUACCUUUCAUGGAAACGAGUGCAAAAGAUGCUACAAAUGUGGAAGAUGCUUUCAUGGCCAUGUCUGCUUCCAUCAAGAAUAGAAUGGCAAGCCAACCUUCUGCGAACAAUGCAAGGCCUCCGACAGUGCAGAUCAGAGGGCAACCUGUUGGGCAAAAAGGUGGCUGUUGCUCUUCCUAACCUGAUGGUGUUGAGAUCCAUUUUCUUUGGUCUGCACUUACCUUUUGCAUGUAAGGGGUAUGUUAUUUCACUAAAUAGUGGACCAGUGUCACAUAAUUCGUCCAGUGGUUUGGGAAUUGUGGCGUAGGUGAUCCCAUUCUUUACAUAUACUCGAAUGCUAUGCUUGUGCUUAGUACUUGUUAAUGAUAAAACUUUAUUCCUACUUUA